AUGGUUUCCAUCACCGGCGACCAUUUGAAUAAUGUACUCAGCAAAACAAUUGCUGAUGGUGGCAACAGUAAUGCACAGUACAUUCAUCGAAAUCAAGGAUCAAAAUUUUCAAGUACGUAUCUAAUGAAUGUGAAGAAAAUGAUUUACAUGGAAAAUGCAAAUGCAAAUAUGUCAUCACUAUCAUCUGGCUUAGAUGAUCAAUUUUUUUCAUUAUUACAACAAGGAUUUGCUUCUUCUAAAGAGACACUACUUAAUGCAUCACUGUACAAUCAAGUUUGGUCAUCUUCUGACUUGAAUCCAGACAUGAUUACAAAUGAAAUAAAUAAAGUCUUCACUUACAAUCAAAGUGCAUCAAAGAGCCAUAAUUUUUCUGACGACUAUUACAAUUUUAAUGAGGCAUACGCACGAUCAUCUAGUUCUUCAGGCGGCGGUGGUAUCUCAAUUUUGGGCUUAUUUAAAUUGGGAGGUAGUGGCGCAUCAUCGAGUUCAUCUUCAGAAGAUAAAUCAAAAACAACACAAUCCAUAUUUUCAGGAACUGAAAUUCGGAAUUUCUUGAGUCAACAAGCAAUUGAAACUGAAACGACUGGUCAAAAGUUCAUUCCAAAAUCGUUUCAUGUUUAUAAACUCACUGACAUCACCGAUCGACUUCAAGUAGCAAUCGUUGCCAAGCAACUGAUCGCAGAGAGUGGAAGCGGAGCUAUUGUACGAACAAUAAAUACUAUCAAUAGACCCAUACCAUCAAAGAAUAUGUAUUCAUGGCCACUUAUAGGUGAAAUUAAACUAUAUACAGGCAGUCGAUCCUCUUUACCAAAGGAUUGGGUCUUCUGUCAUGGACAAGCUCUAUCACGUGAAGAAUAUCAGGGUUUGUUUUCAGUGAUCCGUGUAUCAUUUGGUGUUGGAAAUGGAGAAACAACUUUCAAUGUGCCUGACUUUCGUGGUCGAUUUCCGCUGGGUCUAGAUCCUCGUAGAAAUGAAACAGCUGGGAUUCGACACAGGGGAGCUGCGAGUCAAACUCUUUCAAUAGAUAAUCUCCCUAUUCAUGCUCAUGAUCAAGGAAGUUUUGUCAUGAAUGAAGCAGGCAACCAUGUUCAUCGUAUCGAAGAUCCAGGCCAUAACCAUGGUGGGGCAACUGGUGAUGCUCCAUAUUCCGGUGGUUCGUACAGCAUGAGAUCUGGUGGUGGCGCGGGAAAUGAUAACGGAAGACAUGCGCAUGUGAUCCACAUGGGAAUGACGGGUAUUAGGAUUGCUGAAAGUGGUAACCAUACACAUAAUAUCACAGGGCAAUCAGGUACAGUCGGUUCGAAUCAACCAUUUAGCAUCAUGCCUCCAUCACAAACAAUUGAUUUCAUCAUGUUUGCUGGAUAA